CAAACUUAACCUUCCAUUCAGGGUCCAGGGCAGCCGUGGUGAUGGCUCAGGGACCAUUGUGGCAGAGAUGAGCACUGGGGCCAUGCACAGCCACAGCCUGUGCCCCAAACUUUACCUUCCAUUCAGGGUCCAGGGCAGCCGUGGUGAUGGCUCUGGCAUUAAGUUUUUUCCACUUCAACAGUAAAUCAUGUUUGUAAAGGUAAUUUCUGCUGUAAAACUUUCUUAAAACAGGACAGAUAUUUCUUUAUUGGCAGCUGUCAGCAGGCAGCAAAAUGCAACAUGUUGUAAAUAUCUUGAUAAGUUAUCCAGCAAUGAUGACAAGGCAAUAAUGCUUCAAAGUGCAGGUUACAGGUCAUCCCCUAACCAAGUCAACUCACUACCAGUCAACUCACUCCCCUGGUCAACUAACCAGGUUAACUCACUCCUCUGGUCAACUAACCAAGUUAACUCACUCCCCUGGUCAACUAACCAAGUUAACUCACUCCCCUGGUCAACUAACCAAGUUAACUCACUCCCCUGGUCAACUAACCAAGUUAACUCACUCCCCUGGUCAACUAACCAAGUUAACUCACUCCCCUGGUCAACUAACCAAGUCAACUCACUCCCCUGGUCAACUUACCAGGUCAACUCACUCCCCUGGUCAACUAACCAGGUCAACUCACUCCCCUGGUCAACUAACCAGGUCAACUCAUUCUCCUGGUCAACUUACCAGGUCAACUCACUCCCCUGGUCAACUAACCAGGUUAACUCAUUCUCCUGGUCAACUAACCAGGUUAACUUGUUCCCCUGGUCAACUAACCAGGUCAACUCAUUCUCCUGGUCAGCUAUCCAGGUUAACUCAUUCCCCUGGUCAACUUGUUCCCCUGGUCAACUAACCAGGUUAACUUGUUCCCCUGGUCAGCUAACCAGGUUAACUUGUUCCCCUGGUCAACUAACCAGGUCAACUCAUUCUCCUGGUCAGCUAUCCAGGUUAACUUGUUCCCCUGGUCAACUAACCAGGUCAACUCAUUCUCCUGGUCAGCUAUCCAGGUUAACUUGUUCCCCUGGUCAGCUAUCCAGGUUAACUUGUUCCCCUGGUCAACUAACCAGGUUAACUUGUUCCCCUGGUCAACUAACCAGGUUAACUUGUUCCCCUGGUCAACUAACCAGGUUAACUUGUUCCCCUGGUCAACUAACCAGGUUAACUUGUUCCCCUGGUCAACUAACCAGGUUAACUUGUUCCCCUGGUCAACUAACCAGGUUAACUUGUUCCCCUGGUCAACUCCUAACCACAUCAACUCGUAAAUGGCAGGAGUGUUCUCUGCAGGAGUGACAUCACCAGGCUGUGUGGGGAGUAAUUACCAUGGCCAGGACUCAUAACACACUGGCUUGGAUAUCCCUACAAAGCUUGAGGUAAGGUUACUAUUCUGCCCAAACAGAACCUUCCUGUAAUGUGUGUCACAGAUAACAUGAACCGGCUUCGUCACUUAACCACACACAUGAUAUCUAAUUAUACAUAUAUCUAAUCCUUAUGUGCAGUGGUGGAUCCCGGGGGGGGAGGUGGCUGCCCCCCCCUUAGAACCUAAAUUGCUCCCUUUCAAAGAUUCACCGAGAUCUGUGGGGUAUCAUUCCUGUGAACACUACUACUAGCCUACUAAUUAUAAUGAUAAUAAUAACAACAAUACUACUACUUCUACUAUUACUACUACCAGUGAAACCUAUACAUAUGGAUUGGACACUUGCCCCAGCUUUGUCAUCAAGCCGCGAAUUUUGAAAAUUCAACCGCUUUGGUGUGAAUCGCCAUAACUCCCUUAUUUCUGGGGCUAGAGAAAAGUUAUUGGUAUCAAUCGACGGCAAAAUGCAAGGGCCAUAUUUUUGAGUUACCGACCGGGCUCGAAAACCGACUCAAAAAGGUUGAAAAUCGAAUAAAUUCACAAAAAAUGACUCGAUAAAAAAUGUAUUUUUGAGUUCCCAACCUUUAGACCUACUCAUUUAUUGAGAAUUUCAAAACACUUAUUUAACAAAUGAUUUAGCCCUGCCAAUGUAAUUUCCAAAAUGGUGCAUAGCGUUUCCCUACUCCC